AUGUCAAAGCCUGUUGCCUGCAUCCCCACGUGGUUCGUGAUCCGGUUCUUUAUGGUUCCCCAUAUGUACGUCGAGGUCAUCAGAGCCGACUUGAUUAUUGCCGGCGGCGACCAGGUGGGAUGAGCGGACUUGAUCAGCGCUGCUACGCCGCUCACGUGGGGUGUGGCCAUGGAGGUACCGGAGAUUAUGUUGAAAGACAACUGGUCGUCGGGGGAUCCCACCGGUGUAGGCCACGCCGCAAGGAUGUUGACCCCUGGGGCGACGAUGUCUGGCUUCAGGAUUCCUGGGCUGGCGGUGCUGGGUCCCCUCGAAGAGAAGUACGCCAUCGCUGGCGUGAACGGCCCUCCAGUAACGGCGCCCUUGAAGACGAUGGUAGCCGUCGCACUGCUGCUAGACGCUAUGUACUGUUUGAUCACCAAUCCGGCGUAA